CUCCAGACUGCAAAUCCAUUGAACUUUAGCUGCCUAUUUACUUUAUUCAGGUGAAUAGCCUACACUUUUACAUUCUACUACAUGUAAAAUACGAAACUUGAGUCUUCGAGAUUGUCCCGUCAGAAUCAAAUUCCUUUCCAUCCACCCAGAACCACUAUGCCCCCUUCACAAAGACGGAGACGACCCGUUGAUGAUGAAGACUCAGAGGAGGAACCGAGACAUCCUCGACAACGGCGAAAUCAGGACGAAUCCGCAGAAGAAGAAGGAUCCGAACACGGCGCGGUAGACGCAGAGGCGAGCGCAGAAGAUCAGCUGGCCAAAAAGCUGGUUCGAUAUGCUCUUGCCUGCGAAUUUUCCCGGACGCCUAUCCGUCGAGAUGGUAUCAAGGAGCGAGUACUUGGAGAUCAGGGUAGAGCCUUCAGAAAAGUCUUCGACCUGGCGCAACAGCAGCUCCGCCUCGUCUGGGGCAUGGAGCUGCGGGAACUGGCAGUGAGGGAAAAGUUCACAAUGGCGGAGAAGCGACAAGCAUUAAAGUCCGGCUCGCAAGCAAAGACCAGCUCAGGCGUCUACGUUCUUUCCUCGACCCUUCCCUCCGAAUACCGUGCCCCGGCCAUCCUUGCCCCCUCAAAAGCACCGAGCGCCGACGCCGAAGCCUCCUACGUAGGCUUCUACACCAUGAUCGUGACCAUCAUCUUCCUCAGCGGCGGCGAGCUGUCUGAGCAGAAGUUGCGGCGGCACCUGAAUCGCCUCAACGCCGAGGCCAACGUGGCAGUGGAGAGGACAGAGGAUGUGUUGAAGCGCAUGCAGACACAAGGCUACGUCGUGCGGAAAGUUCAGAAGAACGCAGCGACGCAGGCGCAGGACGGCAGCGAGGACAUUACAUGGCUCAUUGGACCGCGCGGGCUCGAGGAGAUUGGCGCCGAGGGGGCGGCGGGCAUGGUGCGUUCUGUCUGGGAUGAGCAGGCUGAUGCGGAGUUGGAGAAGAAGAUUGGGGCGAGUUUUGGAAUUCGUCCGGCUGAGGAUGGGGAUGGCGAUGUGGAUAUGUCACAGGCCGAAGCUGGGCCAUCGCAUUGAGGUAGGCGUGGCGGCAUAGAGACAGAGAGAAGGUCCAAGGUUAGGGACGCAAUGUUCGGUGGAACGGGAUACCCAAGAAGUAGCAAGCAUUCCAAG